AUGGAGAAGAGUGGGAACAUUCAGCUGGAGAUUCCUGACUUCAGCAACUCUGUCCUGAGCCACCUGAACCAGCUCCGCAUGCAGGGUCGCCUGUGUGACAUCGUGGUCAACGUGCAGGGCCAGGCUUUCCGUGCUCACAAGGUGGUGCUGGCUGCCAGCUCGCCCUACUUCCGCGACCACAUGUCCCUGAACGAGAUGAGCACUGUGUCCAUCUCUGUCAUCAAGAACCCUUCUGUCUUCGAGCAGCUCCUUUCCUUCUGCUACACCGGCAGGAUAUGCCUGCAGCUGGCUGACAUCAUCAGCUACCUGACGGCCGCCAGCUUCCUGCAGAUGCAGCACAUCAUAGACAAGUGCACGCAGAUCCUGGAGGGGAUUCAUUUCAAAAUCAACGUGGCAGAGGUGGAGGCAGAACUGAGCCAGACCAGGACAAAGCAUCAGGAGAGACCACCGGAGUCUCACCGGGUGACACCGAGUCUGACCCGCUCCCUGAGCCCGCACCACAACACCCCCAAGGGGAGUCGCCUGGGCCAGGUGAGCACGGUGCUGGACAUCCGGGAGCUCAGCCCACCCGAGGAGUCCACCAGCCCCCAGAUCAUUGAGCAGAGCUCAGACGUGGAAAGCAGGGAGCCCAUCCUACGGAUCAACAGGGCGGGACAGUGGUACGUGGAGACCGGGCUGGGAGAGCGCGGGGAGCGGAACGAGGAGGAGAUGCGCGUGCUGGGAGGAGUCCGCAUUAAAACGGAGAACCUGGAGGAGUGGCUGGGGACAGAGCACCAGCCCUCGGGAGAGGACGGGAGCAGCGCCGAGGAGGUCACUGCUAUGGUGAUUGACACCACGGGCCACGGACCCAUGGGCCAGGAGGCUUAUGCUUUAGGGUCCUCUGGGGCCAAAGUGGUCAGGCCAACCAGCAGCGAGAUCGACAGAUUUAGCCCUUCUGGCAGCAUGGUUGCUGUGACUGAGCGGUACAGAUCAAAAAGCGAGUCUCCCGGGCGGAUGGAUGAGCCCAAGCAGCCCAGUUCCCAGGGGGAGGAAUCAGCCAUGCUGGGAGUGAGUGGUUACGUGGAGUAUCUCCGGGAGCAGGAGGUUUCCGAGCGCUGGUUCCGGUACAACCCGCGGCUCACGUGUAUCUACUGCGCCAAAUCCUUCAACCAGAAGGGCAGCCUGGACCGGCACAUGCGCCUCCACAUGGGAAUCACCCCCUUUGUCUGCCGCAUGUGUGGGAAGAAGUACACCCGCAAGGAUCAGCUGGAGUAUCACAUCCGCAAGCACACGGGCAACAAGCCCUUUCACUGCCACGUCUGCGGCAAAAGCUUCCCUUUCCAGGCCAUCCUCAACCAGCACUUUCGCAAGAACCACCCUGGCUGUUUGCCCCUGGAGGGGCCUCACAGCAUCUCCCCCGAGACCACCGUCACGUCUCGGGGGCAGGCGGAGGAAGAGUCUCCUCCGCAGGAGGAGGCGGUCGCCGUGGGGGAGACAGCGCAGGGGUCUGUGUCCACGACUGGGCCGGAUUGA